GAAACGCGGGUGAUGCUUGGGCGACGCUUCGCACAUGUCUGCAAAUCAUGUGCUUUUGGCUUGGUUCGUAAAGCUUUGUUUACAUGACGCGUUUUCAACACAUGUAACGCAGUGCAAGUUUAUUCUUUAGCAAGUUAACGUGACCGUACUUGAACAUACAUGCGCGAGCCGCGACGAGCGCAAGUGGCACUAAGAAACGUUCAAACAUCAUGUUUACACUACUGGGCAAGCUCAUCUCUGCGGCGCUCGACAACUUUUUCGUCCCUUAUGAAGAACCGAAGUACGAGCUAGGAUAUGAUGUUAUUGCUGCUGCAGAAGAUGCUACCGAUUGUACAGGAAAUGAAGAGCCAAAGCAUGGGCAAAUCACGCACUUGAACCCCAUCCGGCAAUAUGGUGUCAUCAAUGAGGAGCACUACUUCAAGCUGAGCCUCGUACCAGGCGAGCACCUGACCGUGUCCACCAGAGUUCUCUUCCGCCUUGAUGCCACCGGCCGGCAAGUUAAGGAGGUGUCGGUGCUGCCCGAGCCGUCGCCUUCCAGCAUUGUGGCCAAGGUCACAAAACUGGAAAACCGCUACCUCCACCUCCUGGACACUGCAACACCCGUCCAGUUGUCGGCAGGAUACAACCCAGAAUUUAAGCUGUGCUCGGGCGAUUGGGUACGCUUGCAUUUUGAUGAAAAGACCGGCAGCGCGAGAGUGGUCGAAGCACUGCGGUCAAAGGACGUCGUGGGACAAGUGACCCGCCUCACGUCUACAGGUGGCAUCAUUGAACAACAGAUCGCGUUCUCAAAGGACCAGUGGCCAACCAGUGCUCCGAGACUGCAAGUUGGGUUGCAAGUGGCAGUUCGUGCCAUCGAAAGUGAUCAGGGAAACCUUUCAUGGCGGGCUUUGUCACUGGAGGUGUGUGACAAGAAAGCGGCAGCAUCCGGAUCAUCCAGCCCAGCCAUCCAGAAUGGUGUUAUUGCAGGCAAAGUUAGUCGUGUGCCUGACGGCAUUGACGUUACCAAGGAACUCAACUUUGGCCAAGUUAGCCCGGGAGAAACUUGCACUCUACAGCUUUGCAUCACGAAUGGGACGGACAGGCCACACUUGCUGGUUGCGUGCAAGGUCAACUCGACAGCCAGGCAUGUGGCACUUGCCAAAGCCUUCCAGCCCUACUUGAUAGCAUCGGGUGACAAGUACAACUUGGACCUUGUAUGCAAAGCCAGCGAGCUUGGCACGAGCAACGAGAGAAUCGAGCUAGAAUUUGAGGAAGGCUUCUUCGUCCAGUGUGUUGCCACUGUCAGAGUGGUGGACCCCUUGGAGGCACGGCUAGCACCAUCGAACAACGCUCCUCCCGUGAAAAAAGUGCAGACCGUCAGUCGACCUUUCCAGGAACAGCUUUGGACUGUGCCCGGCGAGCGAUGCCCCAUGCGCCAGGCAAAGCUUCCUGAAGGGCUGCCUCAUUUUCCGGUGCCUCCAGCAGUCUGGAAAAUGACGAAUAGAGAGCUAGAGAACUUCGUCAGCGGAUUACUUCGACAGCCUCUGUGUCCAGAAAACUACGUUGACAAGCUACAACUGCUGCUGCACCUGGAGGAAGUUCAACUGAGCCGUGAUCUGGAGGAACGAGUGCUCUGCCCGGCCCCCCUGCGCAUCGAUGGCUGCGAGGCUCGGCUAAACCUCAGCUCGUGGCUAGAGGAAGGCCAGUUCCCUCCCCGGGUCGGUGAUCGAGUGUUGCUGCAGCCAGCGGAUGACCCCAGCACCCAGCUCAAUUUCGAGGGCUUCGUGCACCAGGUCAUGUCUGACGAGGCCAUUCUGAGGGUGAGCCCUGCCUUUCACGAACAGAUGGUGAAGAAUCCAGGACAGUCAUGGGAGCUGCGUUUCCAACUGAACCGCACUCCCCUGAGACGCUGCCAUCUGGCUGUACGGAUAUCACGGCCUCUGAUUCGUUCCUUGCUGUUUCCCAAGAAGGACUCGCGGACAGCGGUACAGAGGUGGCCUCUGAAGCUGGUCAACCAGCAGCUGAACGAGCUUCAGCGGGAGGCCGUGCACCGAAUCAUGGCUGCAGCCAGGUGUUCCUUGCCCUACAUCGUCUGGGGACCUCCCGGCACUGGGAAGACAGUCACUCUUGUCGAGGCCAUCCUGCAGGUGUUCCUCAACCUAACGCACAGUCGAGUGAUAGCCUGUGCACCAUCAAACAGUGCGGCAGACCUCCUGACGGAGAAGCUUUGGGCAUCUGGUCAGCUAGUGUCUUCAGACAUAGUGCGCCUCUUGGGUUUCCAGAGGGAUGUCGACAGCGUCCCUCCCCGCAUCAAGCACUUGUGCAUUAACACCGGCCACCUGAAGAAAGCAGCUCGUCACCGCAUCGUUGUGGCUACGGUGGUUACAGCAGGCGCCCUGUAUGGCCUGGGACUUCCACCCGACCACUUCACCCACGGCUUCUUAGACGAGGCAGGACAAGCGACCGAGCCGGAGACCCUAGUAGUGGCAGGCUUGGUAUGCUUGGCCGGAGGAAGCCUUGUUCUGGGUGGAGACCCCAUGCAGCUGGGUGCGGUGGUUCGAUCGCGGCUGGCAGUCAAGGGAGGCCUUGGGGAAUCCCUGCUCCACCGCCUCCUGCUUGGCGAGAAUGGUGCAAGUGACCCAAGGCAGCUGAGUUUUCUGCCUGUCACACGGCUCCGAAACAGCUACCGCUGUGUGCAGUCCCUGCUGGAGCCUUAUUCCAGGCUCUUCUACGACAGCCAGCUUCUGAGCUGUGUGGGAAAACAAGACCGAGGAGCACUGCCUGACUUCCCAGUGUUCUUUCACGGCGUGCGAGGCCGUGCACAGAAGGAGGGCAGCUGCCCAUCUUGGUUCAACCCAUCAGAAGUGGUGCAGGUGACCCGCUACCUGCAACGGGCGUUUGGCCCUUGGGGCCUGCUGCCCGAACAGGUCGGUGUGGUCACACCGUAUCGCAAGCAGGCACAGAAGUUGCGCUGCCUCAUGGACUCUCUCGACCUGCCCCACUGCAAGCUUGGUUCGGCCGAGGAGUUUCAGGGGCAAGAGCGCAACCUCAUCAUCGUCUCAACGGUCCGAGGGAGUGAGGCUCUGGCUCCAUCAGCAAAUGGUAGCAGCAGCCAAAACCUGGACUUCAUCUUCUGUGCCAGGCGCUUCAACGUGGCCAUCAGCCGAGCCAGUGCCAUGCUUGUGGUUGUGGGCAACCCUGACAUCCUCACACUGGAUGCAAAUUGGAAGUCCCUAAUGGACUACUGCUCAACACACAAGACUUGUUAUGGCCUGGCUGCCGAGGCGAUGGUACCAUCGUGUUGAAGUGCCUCAGGACAUUUACAUGCAUUGCUGUGAUAUUAUGAUCUUUGUUAUUUUAAAUGUUGUU